CAGCUGCCCCGCCAAGCUGUAUUUUAGCGAUCUUUCAGCGGUUCAGCGGCCUUAUCGCUUAUCGCUUACUGUGAAGGUCAAUCUGGGCGGUCGUCUUCUGAUCUGUGUCCGCAGGAAACCGAACACGCGACGACUUUCCGCGCUGAAAAGCAACAUCCGUCACCAUGUCCAGCAAAGGGUCCGCAUACGGCCAGCCGGCCGGCGACACAGACUUUAGGAAAAAGUACGACCUCGACGAGUAUGCCGCGAAAGCCAAGGAGCGCGAGGCCGCCGAGAAGGAGGAGCGCAAGGCGCGCUGGGAGGCAAAGAUGGCGGGCAAGAAGUACUACAAGCCGAUGGACGGCAGCGAGACGCUCACGACGGCGCGCAACGCCACCCAAGACUUCAGCAAGCUCGUCGGCACCUCUUCACUCGUGCCGGCCGGCGCGGGGGUGGGCAAACGCGGUCGCGGCGCUGGCUUCUACUGCGAGGCCUGCGACCUGACCUUCAAGGACAACCUGCAAUGGGUAGAGCACACGAACAGCAUGCAGCACCAGCGCAACAUUGGCGCCACGGGCGAGGUGCGCAAGGCCACGGCGGAGGAGGUGCACGCGCGCAUCGAGGCGCUGUGGCAGCGGGAGCAGGAGCGCAAGCGGGAGCAGGUCGUCUCGCUCAAGGAGAGGCUGGAGGUGCGCAAGGAAGAGGAGGAGAGAGAACGGGAAGAGAAGAGGCGGAAACGGAAGGAGGCGGAGGCGCGGAGGCGCCAGGAAAAGGAGGCUGCGGCCAAGAUCAAGACGGAGUACGGCGAAGACGUCCGCAUCGAGGGCGAGCACGACGAAGACGACAUGAUGGCUGCCUUGGGCUUCACGGGGUUCGGGAGCACGGCGAAAAAGUGACCUUGUCUGCGUCGCAGGUGAUACUUGGUUUUCUUCAGAUUGUAUCAUUGCCCGGUCAACUAGGAAGGAUACCCACCUAAAGUAUGCACGGAAUAGUGCUGGCGUUGGGCGUUGGUUUUGGACGGUUCAUGGUAGCGGAACGGACUUUGGCUUCCUGGGUCUUUGUGGAAUACCUAUCCUAAGUGGUUUGAGGUAGCUGUACGGGGUAGAAACGGGACAUACUCGAAUGCUGCCACCUAUCCGCGAAUCUUCCGUCUUGAGUCUUGAGUCUUGACGCAGUACCGAAACUAAGGAGACUUGCCAAGAAGCGUCCCCACAGCGGUCCGGGCAGGGGCGCCG